AUUUGAAUUCUUACAACACCACACGGACAGAUAUGGCCAAUCAAGAACACUUAAUGGAGAAACCACCAAAGUUCUUAAAGCGAGGCACAAGAAGUAGUUUCUUAUACGAAGGUCAUUUUCAUGAAGCUAUAGGAAAAAUCUUACUGGUAGCUGAAUGUUUUACCAUGAUGCCGGUGCGUGGGGUAACCAUGCCCCAUCCUCGCUAUUUGUCCUUCUCCUGGUGGAGUUUUCGCACCGUCUACAGUUUGAUUUUUAUUCUGGCCAUGAUUAUCGAUUGCAUCAUCAGUGUCUACAAAAUUCUCCAUGGACCCAUAACUUUUAACAAUAUUGAGCCUUUGGCAUUUCGUUUGCCUAUCAUCAUUGUGUGUGUGAGUGCCCUGAAUUUGGCCAGCAAAUGGCCGGAACUUAUGUUGGAAUGGCACAACAUAGAGAGCAGUUUGCCUUCUUACGCCACGCAAAAGGACAAGCGGCGGCAGGCAGACCGCAUAAAGAUGGUGUUUUUGGUGGGAAUGAUGCUAUCGUUGGCGGAACAUUUGCUGAGCAUAACACAGGCCAUCAGAUAUGCCAACCGUUGUGCCACCACCAAGGAUCCAAUCAAGAAUUUUCUCCUCAUUGCCAGUGAUCACCUGUUCUACAUUUUUCCCUACUCCUAUUGGCUGGGCUGGUAUGGCAAGACGUUGAAUGUCAUGUCCACGUUUAUAUGGAAUUACAUGGACAUGUUUGUCAUGAUAAUGAGCAUUGGGUUGACCUCAUUGUUCCAACAGCUCAAUGCGGACUUGGUCAAAUUUAAAAAUAAGCAAAUGUCACCAUCCUUUUGGGCCGAGAGAAGGAUUCAGUAUCGAAGUGUGUGUAUGCUGUGCGAAAAGGUGGACAAUGCCAUUUCAUUGAUAACCAUGGUGUCCUUUUCGAAUAAUUUAUAUUUCAUCUGCGUGCAGUUGCUGAAAAGUUUAAACAAAAUGCCUACGAUUAUCAGCAUGGUUUAUUUCUACUUCUCACUGCUGUUCCUUUUGGGACGAACUUUGGCUGUGUCCCUGUAUGCCUCUGCCAUACACGAUGAGUCACGCAAGCCUCUGGGCAUUCUCAGGUGUGUCCCCAAGGAAUCAUGGUGUGUGGAAGUCAAACGUUUUGCGGAAGAAAUUAGCAGUGAUUCGGUGGCACUGAGUGGCAUGAAAUUCUUCUUUCUAACACGUAAAUUGGUAUUGAGUGUUGCUGGAACCAUUGUUACCUAUGAGCUGGUCCUCAUACAAUUUUACGAAUCAACCAAUUUGUGGGACUGCGAAAGUCUUCUACGAAAUUUUAGACGUCAACAGAAACUUGCGGAUGAUGGUAUACGUUAUGCUCAUAAAUACGAUCUACUUCACAAUGGCAGCUUUCAUGAAGCAAUUGGGCCAGUUUUGGUGAUUGCCCAAUGUUUUUGCUUGAUGCCAGUUCGUGGUAUACGCAGUCAUUCUGCAAAAGGACUUAAUUUUCGAUGGCUUAGUUUUCGCACUGCCUACUGCCUGGUUUACAUGCUGUCAACCAUUGUGGAUACACUGCUAACUUUGAACAUGGUGAGAUAUAAGAAAUUGGAUGUGCGUAACAUAGAGCCCUUGGUUUUUCACAUCACCAUACUGUUUGCUUCCAUUGGCUUCCUACGUUUGGCCUCCAAAUGGCCCAAACUUAUGAGAAGUUGGCAACAGGUGGAAAAACAAUUGCCGGCCUUUCGCAGUUGGCAGGAGCGAGAGGAGCUGGCCAAAAGAAUUAAGACAGUGACAUUUGUGUUGAUUACAGUAUCGCUGACGGAACAUUUGCUAAGCACCAUCUCAGCCAUUCAUUUUGCCAACUACUGUCCGGCCACCAAAGAUCCCAUUGAGUCAUACUUUCUCAAUGUGGUCAGUCAAAUAUUUUUCAUUUUCGAUUACUCACCCUGGCUGGCCUGGUUGGGCAAAAUACAAAAUGUCCUCAUGACCUUCGGCUGGACUUAUAUGGAUGUCUUUGUCUUAAUUAUUGGCAUUGGCUUAUCCUCCAUGCUGAAAAGGGUGGGCCAUCAUUUGGAAAGCUACGUGGGUCAGCCCAUGCCCGAGUCACAUUGGAGAGAGGCCAGGCGUCAGUAUAUGCUCAUUUGUGAUCUAAUCGAGGAGGUGGAUGAGGCUGUAUCCGGCAUUACCAUGCUUUCGUUUGCCAAUAAUUUGUACUUUGUGUGCAUCCAAUGCCUGAAGAGCAUUAACACAAUGCCUUCCGUUGCCCAUGCCAUAUACUUUUAUUUCUCUUUGCUGUUUUUGCUGGCCCGAACUUUGACCGUUUGUCUCUAUCUGGCCGAGGUUAAUGAUAGAUCUCGUACACCUCUAAACAUUCUAAAACAGGUGCCCGAUAAAGCCUACAACCUGGAAGUAGAACGUUUCACCUUGGAAAUAAGCUCCAUGACGGUGGCCAUGACUGGCAUGCAAUAUUUCGAUAUAACCCGGAAAUUGGUGUUAACGGUAGCUGGAACAAUUGUCACUUAUGAACUGGUUUUGAUACAGUUUCAUGAGGACCAGAAACUGUGGAACUGUGACAACGAUUAG